AAAGUAGCCAAAGAGUAUACGCGGAACGUAGAGUGAAGGUUUAAACUUAUAUAAUUGUUUUUUUUAAGGGAAGGGGGGCUAGAAAUUAAAAUCGUUUGGUUAAAACUGAAAAGCUGUCAGAGACGCAACUCCGUAAAGUCAGGCUUUAAACAAACAGGGCGACGGAAGGAUCUCGCGAGCGGCCGAGCGGGCGGGGCGGCGGGAAGUGUGAGAUGGGGAGGAGGGGGAGGGGACGCGUUUCCUCACACAGCAGGAAUGAUUAACUAACAAGACACAAUUAAUUAAACUGCGUGAAUUUGUCCCCUUGGAUGUACGUUGACUUUUGGACCGUAAUGGCAGUUUGUGUGUCAAGUUCAUCGCCGCGAUAAGGAAAGCACAUGGAAGAGGAGGUGGCCAGUGACUAUGGACAGGAAGCACAAAAUGCUGAUGACCCAGCUCUUCCUGGUGCCAGCCUUGUGGCACAUCAGGAGCCUCGCACACAAGACCAGGACCUUCCCAUCAUGCACUGGGAGGACCUGAGUUUGCGAAUAGCUGAGCUUGAAAAACAGGAGGAGGAACGGAGGAAAAAAGCUGAGUCUAUGGCCUUAACAGAACAGGAACCAGUGACCGGACCCUGGCCCCAUGUUAAGUACCAGUCACUUAACCGAAAGCAGUGGGAAGAUACAGGUGAUCUUGGAGGACACCGUUUUCCAUGCAUGACAUCUCGGGCUGCCGGGGCCUGGAGCCUAUCCCAGGAGACUUUGGGCACGAGGCAGGGUACACCCUGGACAGGGUGCCAAUCCAUCGCAGGGUUUAACAGUCCAAAGAACCUACAGCUGUGUUUUAUCAACGACAGUGAGAGUGAUCAAGAGGGUGAUGAAGGGGCAUCCUUCCAAGAGAAGCCACAGGAGUCACAGUCACAGCGGCGACAUUCUGCCGGCCUGAAGGAGGAAGUGAGAGCAGCUCUGAGUGAGCUCCGAGAUAAGCUUUGGGCUGAGCAGCGGCAGCAACAGCUGAGCCACAAGGACGUGAGCUUUAGGAGAAGAAAACUCAGCCGGAGCGACCUGCAAACCUGCUCCGUCCUUCAGCUAAAUGCCCUCAGGCGUUCCCUCCAGGAAGAGAUUCAAGACCUUAGCUCGGAAUUAGUGAAGCACCUGGUGGUGAGAGACAAUCUACGAACAAAGCAAGAUGCCAUGCUCCUUGACGUACAGGAUAUGACAUCACUCUGACUCACAUCAAGCAACAAUAAGCCUAUAUUAUAAAAUAGGCUACUGAAUGAUAAACCUUUUUAAAAUAAUGGACCUAUAUUACACCAGCAACUUUAUGUCUGAUAUGUUUUUUUUACUUUACGCUAACAAAGCCAUAUGAUCCUGUUUGUCUUGAUUUUUUUGUGCUUACACAAAUAUUGCUUACUAUGUGAAGGUAAUUAUUUUAGUCACAAGUUUUAUUGUGAUAAACUGUAUAUGUGUUAAAGAGUAGCUAAAUAAGCAUGCUCUUCAUAUUUUCAACAUUUUUUUUUAUUUCACCAUGCAUAAAAACUGUGAAAGCUGCUAUGAAAUGCAUGUGUGUCAUCAGUAACCACUUCAUAGAAAUAUCAACCGCAUGUAAUGUUCUACAGUAUAGCGUCUGCUGAAUAUCGAGCUUUUAAUUGUAAAAACUAACACUGAGGAUAUUUUUCUUUUAAAUAAUUAUUAGAAUUAUAUAUGCAGUAUAAUUAUUUCUUAAAUAAUAUAACUAAAUAAAUUUGUAAUGUUUUAAGGAAGUGCUUAAGGUAAGGCAUUUUUUGAUAACUUUACAAAGAUAUUGUUCCAGAUACUGUGUUGUUAUCCACUAAUAAUGAGAGACAUGAUUAUUUUGUUAACCACAUAUCUAAGAGAAAUGAAAUACAUUUUCUUUAGUUCAUUUGUACAUUUUGUUAACAGAGAAGCAAAGCAAAACAAAGGACCAAUGAGCAGGGAGGAGUUUAUUGUCACAAGCAGUCAAGUGUCCGUGUUAUGUAUUUAGGGUUAAUAUUUAAAGUGCAGGGGAUAUUGUUGUUUAUAAUGUUUUACUGCAAUGCCCGUGUAUCUGCAGGAUAUGUGAUAUGGAGGGAAUAAUAUAAGACGAUGAAAGGUAUGAUUUAUAUUUUGUAUCCCAGACCUUUUGUUAACCUUGUUGCCCAUGCAAUGACCCAAAGUGUAAUAGAAGUUAAGUUUUUUUUUUCUUGGUAAUACCCUUUACCUUCCUUUUAAAUCAUGAGCCUUUAAACAAGAAGGAGCAAUAAACCUUGUAUUCUUGGCAGGUGUCUUGCUGAAGCUUCGCGCUUGAAAACCCGGCAUGGAGAAAUAUGCUCUAACUUACAACCUCCUGUAGAUCCGCUUUCUACCUCAUAGCAUGUCUAGUGGAGUGAAUGUCAGUGUCUAAUAAACAUGAUCUCUCAGCCUUACACAGCUCAGCUGCUCAGCCAAGCAAAGUAAGACAUGAUCUGAGAGUGAGAGCAGAUCAGAAUAACAAUCAGCACCUAUGGAUAGGAAAUUGUAACUGUUUACCAUUUAAAAAAUCAUUAUUAAAGUAUAUGCUGUUUUUUUAAAUCAGUAUGUUAUGAAUGGAUAAAUGGGCAGUUUCUUUGCAGCUAAACUGUUCUAAAGUAAUUUUCGUUUACAUAACUCUGUAAGCAAACCAAAGUAUUUCUUGUUUUCUCUUGCUGUUUCUAAAGGGCCACACUGUACUGUAUCCCAUAUUGAGUUUCCUUUCAGCAUUUCUGUC